CCCGCCCCCCUGCGGAGCCGGGAAUUCCGAGGGGCGGAGCGCGGGCCGAGAUGGGGAGUGAGGGGGGCCUUCGGAGGACCCUGGAGACGGAGGCGUGCAGAAGCUCAGUCUCGGGGCGGAGGCGGCUUCGCGCCCUUAGCCCUCCCGGACGGCCUGUUGCCUUCUCCGUUGUCCCGAUGGGGAAACUGAGGCCCUGAACCAGAGGCACACGCGGGGGGGGAGGCAAAAAGCGCGGCCUGAGGCGAAGGGAAAACAAAGGGAGAAUCACGGACAGACGGGGAGGGGGACGGGCACACACACACACACUGGGACAGAGACCCUAAUAGAGAACUGGGCCUGGCAUCGGUGGUGAGGGGGGAGACGCGGGGUCGGCGGGAGAAGAUCGGGAAGGGCGAAGUUGCGGGGGGGUGCGGGGAGGGGAGCCGGGCGGGGGAGGGGGCUGGGGAAAGCCCGAGGGAGGAGGAGAAGGAGGGAGGAACUUCCCAAAGUUGCAAAACAUGGCUACCUUGCCUGCGGAGCCGAGCGCGGGGCCGGCGGCUGGGGGGGAGGCGGUGGCGGCGGCGGCGGCGACCGAAGAGGAGGAGGAGGAAGCGCGCCAGCUUCUGCAGACUUUGCAGGCGGCCGAGGGUGAGGCAGCGGCGGCGGCCGGGGCCGGGGCGGGCGAAGCGGCGGUGAAAGUGGAGGGCCCGGGAUCCCCGGGCGUACCCGGGUCGCCCCCCGAGGCCGCUGCCGAUCCGCCCACGGGUCUCCGCUUCUCGCCGGAACAGGUGGCGUGCGUGUGCGAGGCGCUGCUACAGGCGGGCCACGCCGGCCGCUUGAGCCGUUUCCUGGGCGCACUGCCCCCGGCCGAGCGCCUACGUGGCAGCGAUCCGGUGCUGCGCGCUCGGGCCCUGGUGGCCUUCCAGCGGGGCGAGUACGCCGAGCUCUACCGGCUGCUCGAGAGCCGCCCCUUCCCCGCCGCCCACCACGCGUUUCUGCAGGACCUCUACCUGCGCGCGCGCUACCACGAGGCCGAACGGGCCCGCGGCCGCGCGCUGGGCGCGGUGGACAAGUACCGUCUGCGCAAGAAGUUCCCGCUGCCCAAGACCAUCUGGGACGGCGAAGAGACCGUCUACUGCUUCAAGGAGCGGUCCCGCGCCGCGCUCAAGGCCUGCUAUCGCGGCAACCGCUACCCCACGCCGGACGAGAAGCGCCGCCUGGCCACGCUCACCGGCCUCUCGCUCACGCAGGUUAGCAACUGGUUCAAGAACCGACGACAGCGCGACCGGACCGGGGGCGGCGGCGGCGCGCCCUGCAAGAGCGAAUCUGAUGGGAACCCCACUACGGAGGACGAGUCCAGCCGCAGCCCUGAGGACCUGGAGAGGGGGGCGGCUCCAGUGGCGGCCGAGGCCCCCGCCCAGGGCUCCAUAUUCCUGGCCGGGGCCGCCCCUCCCGCGCCGUGCCCCGCCUCCUCCUCCAUCCUGGUGAACGGGAGCUUCCUGGCCGCUGGCAGCUCUCCAGCGGUGCUCCUCAAUGGGAGCCCCGUCAUCAUCAACAGCCUGGCCCUGGGCGAGGCCUCCAGCCUGGGCCCCCUGCUGCUCGGCGGGGGCGGGGGCGCCCCUGCCCCGCAGCCCAGCCCCCAGGGGGCCAGCGAGGGCAAGACCUCCCUGGUCCUGGACCCUCAGACUGGGGAGGUUCGCCUGGAGGAGGCUCAGCCUGAAGCCCCUGAGACCAAGGGGGCCCAGGUGGCUGCUUCAGGGCCGCCUGGAGAGGAGGUCCCAGGGCCUCUGCCCCAAGUGGUGCCUGGCCCCCCGCCGGCUGCCACCUUUCCUCUACCCCCAGGACCAGUGACUUCCGUGGCUGCUCCACAAGUGGUGCCACUUUCCCCACCCCCUGGCUACCCUGCGGGCCUGGGCCCCACCUCCCCACUGUUGAACCUGCCCCAGGUGGUGCCCACCUCCCAGGUGGUGACCUUGCCUCAGGCUGUGGGGCCACUGCAGCUGUUGGCAGCUGGGCCAGGCAGCCCCGUGAAGGUGGCAGCUGCCCCGGGCCCUGCCAACGUGCACCUGAUAAACUCUGGGGUGGGCGUGACUGCCCUGCAGCUGCCUUCGGCCACUGCCCCAGGAAACUUCCUGCUGGCCAACCCCGUGUCUGGCAGCCCCAUCGUGACAGGUGUGGCCGUGCAGCAGGGCAAGAUCAUCCUCACCGCCACCUUCCCCACCAGCAUGCUGGUCUCCCAGGUCCUGUCGCCGGCCCCCAGCCUGGCCCUGCCCCUGAAGCCAGACGCAGCCAUCUCAGUCCCCGAAGGAGCCCUCCCGGUGGCCCCCAGCCCCGCUCUGCCGGAGGCCCACGCCUUAGGUGCACUGUCUGCGCAGCCGCCCCCCGCCCCGGCCGCCGCCAGUCUGCCCUUCUCCCCAGACUCCUCCGGCCUCCUGCCCGGCUUCCAGGCGCCCCCGCCCGAGGGGCUCCUGCUGUCGCCUGCAGCGGUGCCCAUCUGGCCAGCCGGGCUGGAACUGAGCACCGGCACUGAGGGGCUGCUAGAGGCAGAGAAGGGGCUGGGGACGCAGGCCCCCCACACGGUGCUGAGGCUGCCGGACCCUGACCCCGAGGGGCUGCUCCUGGGGGCCACGGCGGGGGGCGAGGUUGACGAGGGGCUGGAAGUGGAGACCAAGGUCCUGACCCAGUUACAGUCGGUGCCUGUGGAAGAGCCCUUGGAACUGUGACCCGCCGGGCCCCGUGGCCUCCCAUGACAAUGGUGCUCGAGGACAGCGGGGAGGAGGGAGCCUCUCAAACACGAAGAUGGCUGCCAUCCACACACACUACACCCUCCCCGCGGCAGCUCAACCUCUCCACGCCCUGGAGGCCCACUUCUGUCCGGGGCAACGUCCUCUGACGGGACGCCUCCUCUGUUACAGCCCUCUCCUUGCUCUGCCUCCUGAUCUACAUGGGGAGAUUUGGGGCUUCUGACUCAGGGGCUCUGACCCCCUCGACCUGGUACUAGCUGUGAGCUGAAAGCCCUGCCGAAUGGCUGGAUUUCCAACCCCCUUGAGCCCUCUCCCUAUCACUCCCUGAAACACUAUUAAUAGCUCCACUGACAUCCAGUGUUCCCAGAACGGCUCGGGAAUCCGAGGGUGGAGGACGGGCAGUCCUGUGCCCGGAGACUGAUGGACCCUCCCCACCGGGCCCUUCCUGCCCACGAGGGAUGCGGGUGUGUGGUCUGUGGGCCAGGGUCCUCCGUUAGCUCCUCCUGGACUAGAGCCUUCAGUAGCACGUCCAGCCCCAGACCAAAGAUCCCUUGACCCUCGGGCCAACCCUGACCCCUGUGUCUAGUUUAUAUCCUAAAUCUUUAUUUUUCUAGGACAUGUUAUGCCUUCAUUUCAAUUAAAAUAAAGUUAACAGACAACUAGAACCUCGGGGGGUGUGGGCUAUCUUCCAACGGCUUUUGCCCAAGGAAAAGCUGAACCACAAAAAGCUCACC